AUGUCGACAAUUCCACCUGAAGAGAAAAACCUGCUGUAUCUGACGAUCAAUGUGGCCGAUGUGGAGAAGCCAGAGAUCACGCUCACGGCCACCGAGCUGAAGUUCGAGGGCACGUCGGGCGGACAGCACUACAAGCUGGACAUUGAGUUCUACGACGAGGUCGACGAGAAGAAGUCCAAGUACCAGAUCACGGGAUCGCACGUCUUCUUUGUGCUGUACAAGAAGAAGCUCAAUGCCGAGUUCUGGCCGAGACUGACCAAGCAGAAGGUGAAGCAGCACUACAUAAAGACAGACUUUGACAAGUGGGUCGACGAGGACGAGCAGGACGAGAAAGACGACGACCUGCAGAACCCUAUGGGCGACCUGGGCAACGCCUUCGGCGACGAGUCGAUCGACUUCGCCAAGCUGGCCGCCGAGAGCGGCGGCGAGUUCCCCUCGCUGAACACUCCGAGCGAGCUGGACCAGCUCAGCAGCUCCGACGAGGAGGAGGCGGCCUCCGACGACAAGGCGCAGGAGCAGCCGGGCGAGGAAAAAUAG